AUGUCUCAGCCCGCGGCCAAGGCCUCGGCCACCGCCGCCGUGAACCCAGGGCCCGACGGGAAGGGGAAGGCGGCCCCGCCCCCAGGCCCCGCCCCGGGCUCCGGCCCCGCCCCGGCCCCCGCCCAGCCGGCGCCCGCGGCCAAAGGGGACCUGCCUGCCGGCAACUACAAGCUGGUGGUCUUUGAGCAGGAGAACUUCCAGGGCCGGCGGGUGGAAUUCUCCGGGGAGUGCUUGAACCUGGGAGACCGUGGCUUCGAACGAGUGCGCAGCCUCAUUGUCACCUCCGGACCCUGGGUCGCCUUUGAGCAGUCCAACUUCCGGGGGGAGAUGUUCGUCCUGGAGAAAGGCGAGUACCCGCGCUGGGACACGUGGUCCAGCAGUUACCGCAGCGACCGGCUCAUGUCCUUCCGGCCCGUCCGGAUGGACGCCCAGGAGCACAAGCUCUGCCUGUUCGAAGGGGCCAACUUCAAGGGCAACACCAUGGAGAUCCAGGAGGAUGACGUGCCCAGCCUUUGGGUUUACGGCUUCUGUGACCGCGUGGGCAGUGUGAAGGUCUCCAGUGGAACCUGGGUCGGCUACCAGUAUCCCGGCUACCGUGGGUACCAGUACCUCCUGGAGCCUGGUGACUUCCGGCACUGGAACGAGUGGGGGGCCUUCCAGCCACAGAUGCAGGCCGUGCGCCGCCUGCGUGACCGGCAGUGGCAUCGCGAAGGCUGCUUCCCCGUCCUGGCCGCUGAGCCGCCCAAGUGA